ACCGAUCUUUCUUUACAGGUUGUAGUGGUUCCUCUAAGAGUACCACUGGAUCAGACACCAGUCCUUUUUGUGUGGCAGGACUGGGCACUAGGUGUUCUGUAUACAAAAAUUGCAUGUGCAAUUAUAAUGAUGGGUCCAGAGUGGCACGUGCGUCGUGCUAUUGAGCGCACAUAUAGGGAUGGUAUACGUGAUAUGAACUUGGGAUUUGUUAUGCGCGAGUUGGCAGCACCUAUUAUCUCUUGUUUAGGGCUGGCAUUAGCAGUGCCCUAUGUUGUAGCUCAUGGUCUAGUGCCAUUAUUUGUAGCCAAUCCACAGCUGCGCAAUCUGAUUGCAAGGCGACUAUAUCCAUUCCUGCUGCUCGUUUCACUCACAGCAGGAAUUAUAGUUUUCCAGAUUCGACAGUUUCGGAAACUAUAUGAACAUAUUAAGAAUGAUAAAUACCUUGUUGGACGAAGGUUAGUGAACUAUGAUCAUCGUCGUCACAAAUCACCCUCCAUUCGGCAUUAGAAGCUAUAGCUGUUGAUAAUACUAUUGCCUUAAAUUUGAUAGCUUCCUCCAUCAUCUGCGUGGAGAUAACUGAAACCUGAAGAAAUUUUCUUAAUGAUUGUAGAAUUAAUAUAUUGAGUGUACAUGUUUUGAAUAAAUGCUUACGUGUAUAGUG